AUGGCCAACCCAGCUCUGACAGAAGAUGCCGUGAGCCCAGGCGCAGUUGCUUGGGUCUUGACCUCAACGGCAUUCGUGUUCUUAAUGACUGCGGGGCUUGGCUUCUUCUAUGGUGGCCUGGUGCGCGACACAAACAUCAUCAACACCAUGAUGAUGAGCGUGGUGUCCAUGGGAAUCGUGACUCUGACCUGGGUUGUCUUUGGCUUCUCAUGGGCAUUUGGAGACAAUGGUUCCACUGGAUUCGGCAUGUUCGUUGGCAACUUCGACUACAGCCUUUGGAUGGAUUUGGACAUGAAGAUGUGGGGUGACUCCGGCCUCCCAGCUUUGGUGUUCGCUGCCUUCCAGAUGCGUUUCAGUGCUUACUGCAUCAUGCUUGCUCUGUGGUCCCUUCUGAUCUACGCACCUUUGUGCCACUGGGUUUGGGGCCCUGGCGGCUGGAUUGGUGAGAUGGGAGCUUUGGACUUCGCCGGUGGAACUGUGGUUCACAUCAGCUCCGGUGUGUCCGGCCUUGUUGCCGGUGGCAUCCUUGGACCACGCAGGCACGUGGAGAAGGAUUUGGGCCCUGCCAACGUCCCUUUCGUGAUCUUGGGCGGCUGCCUCCUUUGGUUCGGCUGGUUGGGAUUCAACGGCGGUUCUGCGUUGUCCGUCACAGAUGGAGUUGCAGCCCGUGCGGUGGCCACCACUUUCGUGGCUUCAGCCUCAUCCAUGCUGACCUGGUUGGCCCUGGAGCGCAUCUUGAAGGGCAAGUCUACCAGUGUCGGAGCAUCUGUUGGUGCUGUUGCAGGCCUGGUGUGCAUCACACCUGCAGCCGGCUUCGUGACUCCUGGCUGGAGCAUCGCAAUUGGUGCCUUGGGAGCUCCUUGGUGUUUCGCUACUGUGGAGCUGAUGAACAAGAUCAACUUGGUGGAUGACACUCUUGAUGCGUUCGGCUUGCAUGGUUCGGGUGGCAUCGCAGGUGCCAUCUUGACCGGCAUUUUUGCAGUGGAAGAUGGCCUCAUCUACAGCGGUAGCUUCUUGCUGCUGGGCAAGCAGAUUGCCGGUGCCCUGGCUGGUGUGGCUUUCUCUGCUGUGGGCACUGCCAUCAUUGUCGGAGUCAUGAAGCUGCUGCUGAAGCUGUGCAUUCCCGAAGAGCACGAGGUUGGUGGUGUUGAUCAACACACUCACGGUGAGAGCUACCACAGCCCCGUGAAGCAGUACCCCAAGGCCAAGUCUUCAGAUGUUUCGGAGUCAACUGAGCAGCCAUCUGAGACAGUGUGA